UGUGUUGGUCAGUAUAAUUUUUGAGAUUUUGUUGAACUGUGUCGAAAGUGGAGUACUGCGUACGCCGUACGCCUAAAGAUGUCCAGCAAAACAGUGAAUAUUGCUCAAAUGAGAAGUGAAGAGAUUUAUAGACUUCUAGAGGAAACCGAUGAUAACUUACAAAUUCAAGGUGAAUCUUCUGGAUCUGAAGCAGAGAAAAUAGAAGAGAAUGAGGACUGUGAUGGCAUCAGUGCUUUCUUCAAAAUAAUCGACAUUAUAUUAAUAAGACGAAUUUGUGCGAAAUAUUCGGGAGAAACGGUUCAGGUAUUGAAAUAUGUAGAGCUGUUAUGUCUAUAAAAAAAAUAAUUUUUAACUCACAGCCAUUAGAUUCGACGACCAAGCUACCAGAGGAAUUAGGAAAAAAUCAUAUAGACUAGCAGCAGUUCGAACAUUUUUUGAUAAAUUCAUAAAAAAUUGCAAGCAAUUGUAUUCACUUGGAGAAUUUAUGACGAUUGAUGAAAAGUUAGAAGCAUAUCGAGGUGGAUGCUCUUUUAUACAAUACAUACCCAAUAAACCGGCAAAGUAUGGCAUCAAAAUAUAUGCUUUGGUGGACUCUAAAACCUUCUACACGUAUAAUCCUGAAAUAUAUUGUGGUAAGCAGCCUGCUGGGCCAUUCCAAGUUAGUAAUUCGCCAUCUGAUGUAGUUCUUCGAUUGGUAGAUGGUUUAGAGCGUUCCAAUAGGAACUCAACUUGUGAUAACUGGUAUUCCAGUUGUGAAUUGAGAAAAUUCCUAUUGGAAAAGAGCAUCACGUUUAUUGGAAUUCUAAAAAAGAAUAAAAGGGAAGUUCCCGUGGAAUUUUUACCGAAUAAGUCGAGAGCUAUUGGAACUUGUUUAUUUGGAUUUCAAGAAGAUCUUACACUAGUUUCCUAUAUUCCCAAACAGAACACAGCCAUUUUUCUUAUCUCUACGAUGCACGAUAAUGACUCAGUUGAUGUGGAAACGGGAAAACCCGAAAUAAUUCUUGACUAUAACCGCAUCAAGGGAGGUGUUGAUACUGUUGACCAGAAAUGUAAUGCAUUUUCAGUAUUUCGAAGAACAAAACGAUGGCCAUUUGCCACAUUUAUGGCAUUCCUCAAUGUAGCAGAAAUAAAUGCAUACAUUUUAUAUACAUAUGGAAAACUCAACAUUGACAUGGGUCAUCAACGACAAUCUUUUCCAAAACAUUUAUUAGUGGCUCUUAUGAAACCUCAUAUGCAAGAAAGACUCCUAAUAAAAUCAUUACCCCUGCAUACCUGGUACAUUUUCGAAAACGUGUUAGGAAAGCCACCAACCAGAAGAGAGGCUGAUACUUCACUGAGUCAUAGAGGGGGGUAUUAUCUUUGUGGACGCUCAAAAAAUAAUUAUACAACUGUGAAAUGUUCAAAUUGUAGCCAGUUUUCUUGUAAAAAUCAUAGCAGAUCAUUUGUUAAAUGUGAUUCUUGUAUUAACUCUGAUCGAGUCAGUGAGUCUGAUUAGUAGUUGAAAUAUUCCACCCAUUAUGCAAAAAC